AUGGGAGACUACAACAUCAAGUCUGUUGCGGUUGUUGGAGCCGGAGCUGCCGGCGCCAUUUCCGCAGCCGCUCUAAAGGCAGAGAAUCACUUCGACCGUAUACGAGUGUUUGAACGGAGAGAAACGCCUGGGGGUACUUGGAUUUACGAUGCCGACCCGAUAGUCGCUCCUAUUCAGCCUGGGGGCUUCCCAGCAGAUAUUGAUAAGCCACUUGCGAUUCCAGACAACUUACCGACCACGACGCCUCCGAAUCAGCAAGAGAGAUACGCCCAUACUCCUAUCUAUCAGAAUCUCACGCAAGUCGCUCACUCAAUCAUUCAAAUCCACGGUUACUGA